UGCAAUUUUGAAUUUUGUAAAACUCUGUGUAUUCUGAGUAUUCCAACAGUCCUUGCGAAAACCUGAAUAUUUCUAGUUGUAGGCUUUAGAUUAGAGCAAUAACUUGGUCAUAAUGGCAGAGUUCAAGAACACGCAUACACCUUAUACUGAAGACCCCUCACCUCAUAUGGAGUCCACUGUGAAGAAGGAGCCAUUUUGGAUUUCUGACUCUGGAGAAGAAAAUCAACAGCUGUUAACAGUGAAGAAGGAAGGCGGAGAUUUUGAAUCCCAUUCAAAUAUUCAGAUAGAUACUGAAGAAUUACAGAACUAUUGUUCAGAUGAAGAUCAAACUGGAAGUUUAGAAAGACACAACAACACACGUAAGGAAAGGAGCGAUUUUGAUCCCCAUUCAAAUAUUCAGAAAGAUACUGAAAAAUUAGAGAAGUAUUGUUCAGAUGAAGAUCAAACUGGAAAUUCAGAAAGACACAUCAACACACAUAAGACAUUCAGCCAGUCACAACGCUUACAGAACCACAUGAGGACACAUAGAGCUGAUAAGCCUCAUAAAUGUGAAGUGUGUAAAGAGGCUUUCAACUGGCCAGGAAAUCUACAGAGUCACAUGAGGACACGUACUGGUGAAAAACCUUAUAAAUGCGAUGUUUGUGGGAAGGCAUUAACACUAUCGCAUCACCUACAGGAGCACAUAAAUAUUCAUACAGGUGAUACACAUUAUAAAUGUGAUGUGUGUGGGAAAGCAUUCAACAAAUCAAAUGCCUUACAGAGGCACAAGAGGACACAUACUGGUGAAAAACCAUACAAAUGUGAUGUGUGUGGGAAGGCUUAUAACCAGUCACACACCUUACAGAUUCACACGAGGACACAUACUGGUGAAAAACCUUAUAAAUGUGAUGUGUGUGGGAAGGCUUUCUGCCAUUCACAGAGCUUACAGAGGCACAUGAGGACACAUACUGGUGAAAAACCUUACAAAUGUGAUGUGUGUGAAAGGGCUUUUUCUGAAGCAAACGCCUUACAAGACCAUAUGAUGAUACAUACAGGUGAAAAACCUUUUGAAUGUGUUGUAUGUGGAAAAGCAUUCAGCAGAUCUACUAGCAUAAAAAUACACAUGAGGACACAUACAGGUGAAAAACCUUAUAAAUGUGAAUUGUGUGGUAAGGCUUUCAACCAGUCACACACCUUACAGAAUCACAUGAGGACACAUACAGGUGAUAAACCAUAUACAUGUGAUGUGUGUGGGAAGGCAGUCUCUCAUUCAAGUGACCUACAGAAACACAGGAGGAUACAUACAGGUGAAAAACCUUAUAAAUGUGAUGUGUGUGGGAAGACAUUCAAACAGUCAAGUCAGUUACAGAAUCACAGGAGGAUACAUACAGGAGAUAAACCGUAUAAAUGUGAUGUGUGUGGAAAGGCAUUUAAGCAAUCAGGUGACUUACAGAAACACAUGAGGACUCAUACAGGUGAAAAACCUUAUAAAUGUGAUGUGUGUGGGAAGGCAUUCAAACAGUCAUGUCAGUUACAGAAUCACAGGAACACUCAUACAGGAGAUAAACCAUAUAAAUGUGAUGUGUGUGGGAAGGCUUUCAAUCAGUCACAGAAAUUACCGAGUCACAUGAGGAUACAUUCAGGUGAAAAGCCUUAUCAAUGUGAUGUGUGUGAGAAGGCGUUUAAGGACUCAGGUAACUUGAGAAACACAUGAGGACACAUGCAUAAGAUAAACCUUAUAAAUGUAAAGUGUAUGGAAAGAGAAAGACAUACACACAGCUAGGUUAAGGACUACCAAAGGCAGAUCAGUCUAUGCAGAGCUUCGGGAAAUUGAUUUUGAUUUUGACUUCAAGGUGAACCUGCAUAAAUGAAUCUCGGCAAAAGAAAAAUAUAAACAAAAAAAGAAAAAGAA